AUGCCGAUUGCUGGCCGUGAGAACCGCUUGAGCACAUCGGGAUCGCUGGAGACGACCGAGGUCUGGAAAAAGGCGGUUCGCUAUGAUCCUUAUGCGGGAGAAGGUGAAAACGAAGGGGAGGUCCUGGGCAGCAGCGGCGAGAUCAACAGUUCAGCCAAGGGCCUGUUCCGCCUGGCACAGCUCACAGGACACUCCAGCACCAUAGCUCCUGGAGCCUGCAAGAGGUGCGGCUCAGUGGGGCACCUUUUUUUCCAGUGUCGGAACAUGUUCACCUUGCGGAAGGAGGAGAAAAAACUUGAUCAGUUUGUGGAAGACGAGGAGGAUGAUGAGGAGGACCCAGGCAGUGAAGAUGUUCCCAGCUCGGACAGCGAUGAUAGUGACAGUGAUGAUUCGGAUUCCGAGGAAGAGUCGUCGUCAAGCUCUGCCAAGAAGAAGAAGAAGAAGAAGUCCAAAAAGAAGGACAAGAAGGAGAAGAGCAAAAAGAAGAAGAAAAAGGUCAACCAGAUGGAUGGCUAUGACUUUUGUAGUACAACUUCAAAACUUAAGGUUGGACAGAGCUCCGCUGGGCCAGAGGGGAUCAAAAAGCUGGGAGGUGCAGCCAAGAGUCCUAAGAGUCCUGAGAAUCCUAAGAGUCCUGAGGAGGCAGAGGAGACCCAGGUGACCCCCCUCUUCGUCUUCGACGGGUUAGACUUCGACGGCGAUCGCAUCGUGAACCUGCGGGAGAAGCCUUACUACUUCGAAGAGCAACUUGGUGGUGCGAUGAGCAUUUCCUUCAUCGCCCGAUGGGAUGCUUUCGCCCUGAGGAGCCGGAUCAUCGAUUUUGGAGACGGACCUUUGGCUGAUAACAUCAUCAUCGCGAACCUGGAGACUGGAAGGUCGCUCAUUGUGGAGGUGUUCCGUGGGCCCUCAAAGAAGAGGCUCACGAUGCCAGGCUGUUUGGCUCUAGGUGAAACGCAUCGGUACUUGCUGAGCAUCAGUGAGAGUGGGCUGAUGAGGUUGCGCUACGGGGCACGGUUGGGGUACCAGGAUAGGUUGAACCUGUUGCGAAGCCUUUGCAGCCGCCAAAACAUCAGCAAGGGGGAGCAGAUUGAGCUUGCUCGAGAACUCCGUGCUGCUGGUUAUCCUGACACACGCCUAGAUUCAGCAGGAACUUGGGUGCGGGUCGCCGGACCUUCGGUCGCGACAGUUGCAGAGCGUCCAGUUGCUCAUCCUGUGGUAGUUCCUGGAACUGAGACUCAAGAAGUUGAGGGCAUUGAUCCUUACGAGCUGGAGGACGCCGCCUGGCAGAAUCCAUCCUUGAGCUCUCGUCGGGUCGUGUUGGUCACCCCAAACUUGCAGUCUUCGGACAUUGUAAAUUUGACCACACGUGAUCCUGACACCGAGGAGGAAGGCACAGAAGACCCUGCACUGGCAUCACAAAGAUUUCAAGAGACUGGUAGGAAUUUCAUUGCAGCGGCUAGUGCUGAGCCCAUUGAAGCCGACCCAGUCACUGUUGCAAAGGCCAAAACAAAUAAGGCUCCCCCACCGGGUGUUCGACCAGGAGCUCCCCCGCCAAAAGCUAGGCUGGCUCCACCACCACAAGAUAAGCCAAAACUCCCUUUUAAAGCACCUCCUGGCCACCUUCCCUAUAAGGCGCCACCUGGGUACUUGAAGGAGCAGGCUUCUAGUGGAAAGGCAUUCUUGGGAACAGAUCCAACAGAGCCAAAAGCAACUGCUGGACAGGCAGAAGGGGCUGCUGCCGCACCUGUGGCGCAGCGGGGUGAAGAGGCUGCUGGCAGGCACGACCGUGCCCUGUCCUUCCUUACCUUAGUUGAAGAGUGGGUCAAGCAAGAAGGCGUUGAUAGUAUUCUACAGCGUCUUCGCCCGCCUUUUGGCGACAAACAGCGGUGA